AUGGCUCUGAACUCGGCCGCAUGGCAGCUCGGCCUGCCCAAGCAAGCCACCGAUCUGUUAGACCAAAACUUCGAAUCCAUGUGUCGCUUCGUCGCUCCUGACUGGGAAAUUCCUGCAUGGGUACCAGAUACUACUCUGCCACAAGAGCAGUUCCAGUUUUUCCGAGACUUGAAAAUCCCCAGUGUUCCAAAUGGACCAAACUUCCUAUUUCAUGAACUUGGAGACUAUGGGCAUGAUCCUGACAUGAAAUCGCGAAUCGAGAAUAUCUUCCGCCCCAAGGCAACCACCUGUCUUAUCAAUGCAUCGGGGACGGGGAAGACUCGACAUAGUCUGGAGGCGUUAUGCCUCGAAUGGGGCUUCUAUCUGUGCUUCAAAGAUAAAAGUCUUGACAUUGGCUCAGGCGACAUGAACGAUAUCGAAAGGCGACUACGUACCAAGAAAACCUUUACGCCUGUUCUCCCCCCUCGGUCGGAUGAAACAUAUACAACAAAACUAGAUGAUAAUCGUGAACUUGUGGACGACUCAUUUUAUCAUGUCAUUCUCGCCCGAUUCCUCAUCUUCAAACUUUUCCUCACUGCCAUUGUGGCAACAGGUCGCCCCAUAACCAGAGCUGAUAAAAAGCGCUGGACACUACUACAAGCUCACCCUGAUUUCCUUGAAGGCACGCUCGAUAUCUUCCGCUCUCUUGCCUCGAUCCUUGAUUCUCCGACUCUGGAUGAAACGGUGAGGAAGCAACGUUCAGCCAUGACGGGGGCCGACUGCAAUGUCAUCUACAAUAGGCUCUCCAUCGAGACCCGGGAAUUCAUCUCGAAACAUUAUGAACGGGAUGCUUCCGAAGCGAAAAUAAAUCCUAAACCGGACAGGUUUUACUUCGUGGUCGAUGAGGCCCAACUCGCCGCACGUAUACUCGACCGCGCAUUCGCUUCUGCGCGGCCAAACCCCCAAGGCAACUUCGACCUCCGCCCACUUCUCCGGGAAUUGAUCGCGAUUCUCCGAAAUUUGAGUCUAGAUGAGCAUGGUGCCGUUAUUACUGGAACAGGCCUUGACAUUGAGCUGAUACAAGAUGCACUGGGGUCUAUUUUGUUGAAAGCCGAUGUUGAAGGUGAUUUGCGAUCGGAUACUGGCGGCUUUUACGAGGACAAGGCGAUGCACAAGGCAUACAUCACCCGGUUCAUGCCCCCAGACCUGAUGAGAACGCGAGAUGGAGAGCAUUUUGUGCAGCGAAUGACGAAAUGGCUUGCUGGUCGCUAUCGCACUACCGCGGCAUUUUUGCUAUAUUUCUUACGGAAUGGGGGACAGAACCCCCAAUUGCUCCUCGACACCUGGAUCCAUUUUCAAACAAACUUCACCCCAACUGAUGGCCCUACGAUCCGAAACUUCCUUCCAGCUGAUCCGGAAGCCACAAACAGGAUGCUAAAUCAGUUACAAUACAACCGAAUUGAAACCAAUUCUGAAAUGCUAACCCUCUUCACCAGAGCCGUCCACCAUUCAUUCAUCCGUUCCCAAAUCAAUACCACUAUGUCCAAGUUCGCCCGCAAAUUCGUCGAGUACGGAUUCGCCCGCUUCCGGGAUGGGAAGUGUUCAACUUCCCGAAUAUACGAACCCCUCAUAAUUCUUUCGGCAAUGUCACGCAUGGAGGUGACUUGCAAUCAGCGGCGCAUCAAUCCCAUCUCUCCUGGCCAACUUCUCGUCAGUCAUACGGAAUUAGAUGUUGGGGAUAAAGAUGGUGCCAAUAACAACGGCUUUGAGAGCUACGUUGGCCUGGCUCUUGCUGAUACAUUGGGCGAAUUCAUACCACUGGACAAAGUUUUCGUCUUCCACAAGAAAUAUCGACCUAAAUGGGCCAACAAGCGUGCGCGUCUUGUGACUGUACAGCAAGACGAUCCUUCUGCGGCUCUCACAGUUCACGAAGUCAGUUGGUCACGGGGUCGUGUGCCUGGCGGACAUCUUGGCCACAACUGCAAUCUUGACGAGACGCUCCAGUGGAUGCAGCAUCAAGACCCGUUACAAGCCCCCAUCUGCUAUCCCGACAAGAACAUGGGCCCAGACAUUCUGUGCAAGCUGCAGUUCGAAGACGAAACGUUCCUGUGGGUUGCAGUCCAGUGCAAAAAUUAUACCGGUGGGAUCAAGCAAAACGAUCUGCCCAGGAACAUCGCCCAGAAGGCGCGAAAGGCUAUCGCGACUGUAACCCCGGCCCACUUUUGGAUGUCGCAAACUCAGGAGGGUGAGCUUCGCCCUUAUUGUUAUAGUAGCCAACCCAAGCUCCGCGAGACCACGGCAAGGGCUCUAGCCAGCCUUUCCCCACCAACCUUGUCCACUCGAAAAAGCAACCGAGCCCACCCUAUUAAUCUUGACGAUCACAGUUUCCCUUUACUCCGCGUUUUGGCUGUUUUUCCUACUGCGGUGGAUUUAGAGCGACCCGGGAUUUCGUCAGACAACGUGCUGAAAGACGCUGGGCAGCAUCCGAUUUGCACCAUCAACUGGGACUACAUGGGAACGAAAGACAAGCGACAGUUCGUCCGUGCUAUGGACGAUGACUAUGAAGAGAAACCCGAUGUUGGUGCGAAGGCAAAGCAAAAAACCACACGCAAAGCAAAAACCUCGGCCCCGCUGAAACGCAAGAAAGCCCCGUCGAGCAAAACACCUAAGCGCAAGAAGCAAAAGCGAAGCAAGACGCCUACGGACAGCGACACAGAGAUGUCCGAUGGGAGCCUAUUUUCGGGAAGCUUGCCCCCACUUUCUGAGUCGGAUGACAGUGAUCCCGAUGAUGAUAUGGAUGUCGACAGGACCUCUCAAGAUACGGAUGUUGAACUGGAACCGGACGAUGAAUUAGAUGGAAUGGCGUUGGGCUUCAAAAGUAGUUUAUCUAUGGCAUUAUAA